AUGGCUGACAAAAAUUCGUUAAAUACUGUUAACGAUACUCGCAGCAAUCUCGUAGAAAAAACCUGCAAACUAUAUGACGAUAUAAAUCAAAUAAAUGCUUUGUAUAACUCCAUCAGCCGCAACGGAAUUAACGACAAUUUGUUUUUCAAACUAAUGCAUUUAAACAUUAGAAGUUUAGUUCACAAAUCAGAAGACUUACUCGAUUAUUUAAACAACUUUUCUUUUAAAUAUAACAUUAUUGGUAUAAGUGAAACGUGGAUGAAUGAUGACAAUAUCAAGUUAAUAAAUAUUACUGGUUAUGAUUUUGUUGGUAAAAAUCGGUCUGGUAAGCACGGUGGUGGAAUCGGUUUGUAUAUUGAUAACGGAAUUACGUAUAAAACAAGAGACGACAUCAAUAGCAUUAGCAGCAUAGAAUUAUUCAGCAUAGAAAUAACAAACGAUUGUUCCAAUAAAAAUGCAAUAAUUGUAAUAACAUAUCGGCCUCCUACCUAUGACGCAAAUAUGUAUCUUCAACAAAUCGAACCGGUACUACAAAUCAUAAGUCUAGAGAACAAAUUAGUUUAUCUGAUCGGUGACAUGAACAUCAAUUUACUUGAUGCUGAUUCAAAUGCCAGCAAAUUCCAACUUCAACGAUUAUUAACAUCAUACAACCUAUCAACUUUAAUAACAACCCCAACAAGAAUAAGUUUAAAUAAAAAUUCAGUCAUUGAUAACAUUUUCACGAGCGAACCAAAUGCAGUAGAAUUAUGUGGUACACAGGUAUGUGAUCUUUCGGACCACAUACCAAUUUUUAUAAUUGUAAAUAUGAAGUCUAACAGAAUCAAGAACCAUUUUCUGAAGGAGAAAUUAUACUCGUUUACAAGUGAACGAAUCAACAGACUGAACGAAUAUUUAAUAAACAUGGACUGGUCAAACGUUUUAAACUGUGAGAAUGUAAAUGUCGGGUUUCAACGAUUCAUAGAGAUUUUUGUAAAGAACUUCAACGAAUGCUGUCGUAUUUCAUCAGCAAGAAAAAUUAAAAAAAUAUCACGUGAUAAACUUUGGAUAACUGAUGAUCUUAAAAUAAUGUUAAAUAGAAAAACCAAACUGUAUACAAAAUAUCUAAAAAAUCCGAAUAUUGAAAAUCUAAUUGAAUUAAAGUCAAUUAGACAAUCUUGCAUCAAAUUUUAA